GUUUAUAUGCAUUUUUAAAUCUACAAUUUUAGCUGAUAACAAGAAAGGAUGAGAACGCAGGUAAUGUGGGAAGAGGACAGUGUUUGGUCAACCACUAGAUGACAGCAGCAAUGCACUUUCUUUCACUCAGAUCAGACUUGGAAGGAAGACACCAUGAGCAUCAGGGAGGAAUUGCAGAGCCGUCAAUUCUGGUGUAGCCUAUUGGCAGAAGCCACAGGCACCCUUAUCUUUGUCUGGAUAGUGCUGGGUGCCUCAUCCCCCGCUAAAGAUGUGCUGCCUACUUCACUCCAACCAGCCCUUGCUGCAGGACUGGUAGCUAUCAGUUUGGCACACUGCUUUGGUAAGAUCAGUGGUGCCCAAGUCAACCCCGCAAUCACUAUGGCCUUCCUGUGCACUCGUAAACUGGAUGCUCUGCAUGCCUCAAGCUAUAUUUUAGCCCAGUGUCUGGGUGCCAUCUUAGCAUCAGGCUUUUUUUAUCUCAUGUUACCCAGCUCAGCCAUUGGGCAAUUGGUCACAAAGGUCAGCACAGAGGGGAAUGCUGGACAGGCUCUGGGGAUGGAGCUAUUUUCCACUUUCCAGCUAGCUCUCACCAUUUUUGCUGUAGAAGAUCACCGGAGGCAUGAACUAGGGGAGCCUGCUGGGAUCUUGGCUAUUGGUUUCUCUGUGAUAGCAGGAGCUCUGGCUGCGGGUACCUUCUCUGGAGGCAGUAUGAAUCCAGCCCGAUCUUUGGGUCCAGCUGUCAUCACAGGAUUCUGGGAACAUCACUGGGUGUAUUGGCUCGGCCCUAUUCUGGGUGCUGUUCUGGCUGGAGUAUCCUAUGAAUUCUUCUUUGCUGACAGUGCUUCACGGGAAAAGCUUGUUGCCUGCCUGACCUGUCGCGACAUUGAGAUUGUGGAGGCAGCCAGCAUGUCUCGGUCUUCACUCUCUGCUGCUGUUCAGGCUAAAUCACCUGACAAGGAAGAACAUGGCACUGAGUAG